UAGGAAAUGAAGGUACAGCACUCCAGCAUUUCGCAUUUUGCCAUGACCGCCCAAGGAGAUGAUAGCAGUGGUGGCAGUGCCAACCACCAUCACGAAGAACCCGAAUCUCGUCACGAAGAGCACCAUGAAGAGCCCCAUGAAUGGAAGUCCCAGGAAAAGUGGGUGAAACACCAAGAAAAGGAAGCUGAGAAGGAAGAAAAGGAGGCGAAGCAGCACGCGAAGGAAGCUGAAAAGGAAGAGAAGAAAGCCCAGAAGCAUGCCGAAACCGCUCGCAAACAUGCCGAAGCAGCCCGUCGACAUGCCGAAGCAGCCCGCUUGAUCCGCAAUGCGACCGUUAAUGGCACGAUCCCUUUCCACGAAGGCAACUGGACCCAUCCUUCUGGCAACUGGUCGCAGCACCUUCUCCCCGAAGCAACGAACAGCACCCUCAACCAAAACAUCAAGUUUGAAAGUCACCAUGGUGACUCGUUGUCGCUGGAAGCGAUUUCCCACGACCAACGCCAUAGCUCCCUCACAACGGCAAGUGGUCUGGCCGUGGUUGGCGUGUUGGGUUUUGUGGCAUUCAAGGUGGUCAACAAGCUCCGCCGCCGUGCGGACUACCACAUGAUUCCAUCGGAGUCCACGUUCUUGAUUUAAAGCAUUUGGUGCUCCAUGUAGUGGGUUGGCAAGAUAAUUCUACUUUGAUAUGUUCGCUCUCGUA